AUGUCCGCGGAUAGUUUCCACGCCUCCGUCCUCAUCCUCCCAAACCCUCAAUCAUCGAGUCCAGAGCACCUGGCCGAGAUCCCCAGAGUCAAUGGAAACAUCACGUUCGCGACCGACAUUGCGACCGGCAUCCUGACGCUGUACACUGGGGAAGCCGCGCGGGGCGACGAGGUUAGCGGCCUGCUCUACGUGCCCUCCGUAAACGAGACGACGCUGUGUCCCGACCUGUCCAUGCUCCCGGCAAACGUCACGCACAAGGACGACCUGCCCAACGCAAACUACGACCUGAUAGGCUUCGCGCCGUGGAUCUCGGGCAACUGCAGCGAGCUCUUCCUGAAGGCUGCGCGGCAAGAGACGUCAUCGGUGAAGGGCUUUGUGUUCUUCACAACCUCGGAAAAUGAUCCGAUCCCGUCAAGAAGUGACCCCAUGUGGGCGGGCAUCUCGUAUAAGAACAUUGACUUUCCGAUAUACGCCAUCAGAGGCCAUGAUGGGUAUCCGUUGAUGGACAAGGUCGCGGAGUAUUCGGGAAACAUGAGUGAUGCGUGGGAAGCCCGGAACCUGACUAAUUACUACAAUUCUAGCGACUACGCACGGGUCUACAUGGAGGUCGAUACUGGCCAACGAAUCCCGCUCCCGGGACUAUGGCUAUUCCUUCUGGUGGUCCUCGCAGUCCUCAUCGUCAUUGUCGGCCUAACCUCCCUCAGCAUGCACUGGCUGCAAUACCAGCACCGCCAGCGCCUCCGCCGCCGCGUUGCCAGCGGCCAAGUCGACCUCGAAGCCCUCGGCAUCAAGCGCCUCUCCGUCCCCCGCAAGAUCCUCGACCAAUUCCCCCUCCGUAUCUAUGUCGCCGAGGCCCCCGCCCCCACCAAUGACCCCAUCAGCCCGCUCCCGCCUGUGCUCAAACCGCCCCCACGGCGCUUUGCCGCGCCCGACCCACCCCUCCCGCCGACCCCCGUCACGCGCCGCCCGCCACAGUACAGACACCUCGACACUACCCUCCAGCGCGGAUACUCACAGACACAGUGCCCAAUCUGCCUCGAGGACUUUGCGAACCAGACGACGCUGGUGCGCGAGCUCCCGUGUCUCCAUGUGUUCCACCCGGAGUGUAUCGACCCCUUCCUGGAGACGCAGUCGUCGCUGUGCCCGCUGUGCAAGACGUCCACGCUGCCGCAGGGAUAUGUGCCCACGACACUCACGAACGCAACGGUCCGCCGCGAACGGAACUUGAGGAGGAUGCGUGCCCGGGUGGACACUGGCGGUGGGCGCUGGUCACGGUUAUGGGGGCGCGGUGGUAACGAUACGGAGGCUCGUGCUUUGCCGCCGGUGGUUGAGAUGCGGGAGAGCAUUGUGGCGGCGCCGGUGAGGAGGUCUACUGUGAGUGGUGGUGGUGGUGCGGGGGAAAGAAGCAGUUUGCAGCCACUGACGCCACCGUCGCAUGAGGAUGAGAUAGCAGAGGUGAAUGCGCGGCCGAAAUGGAAGCGAGUGUUUAGUGUGAUAUUUCCUGGCUUUCGAUGA